AUGGACACCGAAAAGGCAUCUAUUGACGGUUCAACGCCGGCCGCAAGCAACCCCGCAAGCCAACAUGGGAAUGAUGACAACCCAUCAAGCCAUGGCGACAUGGAUAUCGAGAAAGGACUUGCCCCAAAUGCGACAACAACCGAGUUACAACAAGAUGCUCUCCGUGAUCCAAACAUUGUCGACUGGGAUGGGCCUGAUGAUCCCGAGAAUCCCUUGAAUUGGACGAAAAGAAAGAAAGUCAACGCGACAGUCUCAAUCGCCUUGAUCACCCUUCUGACGCCCCUAGGAUCAUCAAUGUUUGCCCCCGGGAUUGGACAAUUGGCCGUGAAAUUCCACCUGACGAACACGGAGCUCCAGUCGUUCGUGGUCUCUGUAUAUCUUCUUGGAUACUGCUUUGGGCCUCUACUCAUUGCCCCGCUGUCAGAAAUGUACGGUCGACGGAUCAUGUAUAACGCCUGCAAUAUCCUCUAUGUGAUAUUCACUAUUACAUGCGCAGUCGCUCCCGAAAUCGGCAGCUUGAUUGUUUUUCGCUUCUUUGCGGGCUUUGCAGGAAGCUGUCCCUUGACGAUUGGCGCUGGUUCGAUUGCAGAUAUGUUUGUGCAAGAAAGCAGAGGCAGUGCAAUGGCUGCUUGGGCUAUUGGACCGUUGAUUGGACCAGUCAUUGGGCCAAUUGCGGGUGGUUUCCUCACCCAAGCAAAGGGCUGGCGGUGGACAUUUUGGGUUCUUGCUAUGGCAAGCGGAGCUGUGAGCAUCAUCUCGAUACUCACCAUUCGGGAAUCAUACCCGCCCACUCUCCUUGCUUGGAAAACAAAGAAGCUACAAAAAGAAACUGGAAACCCCAAUCUGCGAUCUAAGCUCGAUACUGGUAUGAGUCCGAAACACUUGUUCCUCCACACGAUUGUUCGACCCACCAAAAUGCUUUUCCUUUCGCCGAUUGUGCUUCUGUUGUCCAUCUACGUUGCUCUUGUCUAUGGAUACCUAUAUCUGCUGUUUACGACAAUCAGUGAGGUUUUCGAAGGCCAAUAUGGCUUCAGCCAGGGGACAGUGGGACUCUCGUAUCUCGGCAUCGGGAUCGGCUCAGUCAUCGGCCUGGCAACAUUGGGCGCGACAUCAGACCGCUUACUAAAGUAUCUCACGAAUAAGAACGGGGGAGCUUCGAAGCCUGAAUACCGACUACCGCCUAUGAUUCCUGGGUCCCUGUUUGUCCCGGUCUCAUUGUUCAUCUAUGGAUGGACUGCUUAUUACAAGGUUCACUGGAUUGUGCCCAUUAUUGGCACAUCAUUUCUCGGAGUGGGAAUGCUUAUGGCGUUCAUGACGGUCAGCACUUAUCUCGUUGAUGCGUUCACAAUCUAUGCCGCCUCUGCCAUGGCGGCGAACACUGUCCUGCGGUCUCUAGUUGGUGCCCUGCUCCCGCUCGCCGGACCGGCUAUGUACAAGUCUCUCGGACUUGGUUGGGGUAAUUCGCUGCUUGGCUUCAUCGCUUUAGCAAUGUGUCCCCUGCCCGUAGUGUUCUAUGUUUACGGAGAACGCAUCAGAACAAGCAAGAUGUUUAGAGUAGAUUUUUAG